UUUCAUGACAAAUCAUGUAAAACCAGGCUGGGAUCACAGUGCACAUCCAAGGGAAAUUCACUGGACAUCAUUUUUCAUGUGAUGGGUGCUCUUUCCCUUUCCUUGUACCCCUCCAAGGGAUGUGCUUUUUUGAAGGGAAGUCACCAGUGUUGUCAUAGUGAAGCGGAGAGCCAGACCCAUAUCUUUUCCUUUUCUCCAGGUCCUGUCGUGCGAGGACAACUCUCCAGGCACUUCAGCCUCCCAGGUAGCUCUUGGCUCAGUCUGCCUGUUCCCCAGCCUUCAGAAACAGAGCAGAGCCCUAAAAAACACAUGUCUUCUUCUGAGCCCAUCCUGGACCUCAAGACAGACACAACAGAAGCACUUCCAGCCUGCAGUGACCCUGAGGAGCCCAGACCAGACCCAGGGACGAAGCAGGACCCUGUCAGCACCCUGUGUGAGUGUGAUGCUGCAGCCUCCAGCACCAGCAGUCACAGCGAGCCCAGUCCCGCUCCAUCCGCAGGUGAGAGCAUCUCAGGCAGGGACUCCAAGUCAGAGCAGGGGAACCCCAGCCCUGCAGACUCCAUGCCAUGUCCAGAAGCCCCUGAAGAAUGCCCAGCUCGCCCCAACACCCUGGACUUGUCCAAGUCGCUGAAGAAGCUGGAGGAAGUGAAGCAGAUGGGGCAGAGGCGUAACAGUGACCACACGGCGGUGAAGGAGAACGGGGUCGGGAGCAGCCCUGUGGCCGCAGCGGUGAGCGAGGAGAGGAAGGCGCUGCAGUCCGAGCUGGGGAAGUGCAUCGAGGACUUCCGGAAGAUCAAGAUCCCUCAUGCCUUUCCCAAUAAGAAACGGCAGUGGCAAAGCGAGCUGCUGAGGAAAUACCAGUUGUGAGGGCUGCGGUGAGGCUCUCUGGGAGUUCCCCCAGCCGGUGGGUGGCACAGGGCAUCGGCACACCUGGGGUGGGGAGUAUAGGCUGCUCCUUCAACGAGUGUUGCAAGCUGAAAACUAGGACAGCGUGCUCCUUAACAUGGCAGGAGGGAUGCAUGCUGCCCCAGACAGUAUGAAAAUAGGUGAAGGGACAUAAAAAAGGCAAGGGGGCCCAGGGAGAAUUACCAGGGGAAAAGCUACCAUCCAGCAGGAGCCCUCAUCUUUGUGUGAACAAAUUUUCCUGGUGU